AUGUUGCAGUCAUGUUACAUCGACAUCCUUGGCAUCUGCAAUCCCGUUCUGGGCUCCAGGACCACCAUAUUAUCUGUGAAACCCCUGCUCCUACCGGACACCAAGACGAUUCACCAGCGUCUGCUGGUGAUCCUUCUAGACUAUUCCGCCUGCAAGUUGCCAGCCACAAUGAACGAGACCACCGUUCGAACAAUCUUCCUGGGCCAUAAACGUGAUGGCAGCGGAGGCGUUGCCCAAAAGUACAUACAGUGUUCGCAUGGCAAAUUCAAUCUGAACACCACAGCCUUUAAGGUGAUCACCGUGAGGAGCAACUGCACGGAUGAUGCCGUUAAGAAGUGCGCCUACUGGCGAAUUGCAGAGGAUGGAGACAUCGUGUCAAAGAAAGUGCUUGGGGAAACGGGGUUUGCAGGCUUUACUCAUUACGUGUACAUCAUUCCCGGUGGCAUGUCGAACCGGUGUCCAUGGGCUGGGCUGGCGCACCUGCCCGGAGAGCAGAUCUGGCUGCAGAGCUCUACCUAUGGCGUGAACCGCUGGGCGACAAUCAUGCAGGAGGCCCUACACAACUACGGUCUCUGGCACUCUUGGCAGGGUGGCUAUGAGUAUGAGGAUUAUUCCACCUCUAUGGGCCGUGGGGAUGCCUGCCCCAACGCGGCCGAGCUAGCCUACCUGGGCUGGGCCACACCCGCACCAGGCGGUGAUCGUAUUGACUCAAAAACAUUGCGACCGGGCACCGGCCUUACUUUUAGUCUACCCGCCACCUACCUAUCCCCGGAAGGUAACUACCUCCGGGUCGUCCCCGACUGGUUGCCAUCGUACAAAAACAGCUCCCAAGCGAAGAACUUGUACAUCGCUGUGCGGGUUAACAAGAGUGGUGAUGGCUCACUGAUAUCUCUCUACUCUAACAAAUUGAAUCUCCACGAAGUCAACGCAACCAUGGACAAUGAUCCGGAUACUUACAUCUACAGUGACCGUAAGAUCACGUUUUUUAACGCCAUUACACCUCAAAAUCGGACGGACUUUGCCAUCUACAAGCUUAUUGUGUACGGUGGAUCCUGGGUCGGCAAGGAUAUCCUCAAGGUGCACCUCUGCCGCUACCAGAAUUCCCCAACAGAAUGCCCUACUUUGAGGGCACUUGAAAAAAGGAAGUUACUAGAGUAA